AUGGCUCUCCUUGAAGGGUACGGGCUAGUUUGCCUUGGGCUUCUCGGGUUACUCUUUUGCUAUCAAUUCACUUUGCGAACCCCGACUAUUCAACGGAAUGGGGUUCCCUUGAGAAAGCCACCAAAUACCCUACCCAUCGUAGGCAAUGGAAUCCUCUUUCUUCGGCCACGCCAGAAGCUAUUUUCUUGGUUCGUCAAGUGCGAAAGGCGAUUUGGUAAUGAGACGUUCCAAAUUAGCGUGCCCACAUUGCCUCCAGGCGUGGUCAUAAAUGAUCCCAAGAACCUAGAUUAUGUCUUCAAGAACGAGGGUAUCUUCUCCAAAGGCGACUUCUUCAAGAAGCUCUCUUGGGACCUAUUUGGAAAUGGGAUCAUCAAUGUUGAUGGUGAACUAUGGAAAGCCCAGAGGAAAGCCGGCCUAGCUUUUCUCAACACUUCCAAUCUCCGAGUCCUAACAGACAUUGCGCUACCGCGGUAUCUCGGCCGCGCUGUAGAAUAUCUACAAGUGCAGGCUCGUGCUAGGAAAGUCGUAGACCUGCAAUCCGUAUUCCACGAGAUUACGAGUCAGCUUAUGGGAAAGAUGGCUUAUGAUAUGGAGAUGCAUGCUGAUGAUGAUUUCACUGUUGCAUUCGAUUACGCUUCAGGCGCGACCACUGAACGCUUCCAGAACCCUUUGUGGUUCAUUAAGGAGCACUUCACCGGUUCUAAGUUCAGAGAAGCACUCCAUAUAAUCCGCACUUUUGGUUACAAGAUUGUAGACAGUGCUGCGAACUCAAAUACCAAGAAACAGGGUGACCACGCACCGGAACUGACACCUGAUAGGCUAGAUGAAGUUUCCGGCAGCUUGAUACAGUCGUUAUUGGAAGUUUUUGGCGAUAACAGGGAAAUUGUAUCUGACUCUGCCUUGAACUAUUUAUCUGCCGGUAGAGAUACAGUUGCCCAAGCACUGACGUGGUGCGUAUAUCUCCUUAUGCAACACGACUUCGUCAUCGACGACAUUCGGAACGAAGUACGGGCCUUGCUCGACAAUACCCAGGAGCCAUUGCUAUCAUCUGAUAGUAAGGGAAGUAUCAACUCGAGCAUUCUCACACCCUCAUCACUACCAUACACCAUGGCAACUUUUUACGAAACACUCCGACUUUACCCGCCAAUCCCUUUCGAAAUCAAGCAGUGCGAAAAACCAACCACAUUACCCGACGGUACUUUUCUCCCGGAAAAGUCCAUAGUAUUUUGGUGCACUUGGGCCAUGAAUAGGUCAAAGAUUAGCUGGGGAGACGACGCAGACUCCUUCCGGCCCGAAAGAUGGCUUACGGAAGAUGGAAAACUGAUCACAAAAAGCGCCGCCGAGUUUCCAGUUUUCAACGGCGGUCCGCGAUUGUGUCUCGGAAAGCGAAUGGCGGAACUAUUAGCUGCCCAGGUCAUUCCAACGAUGGUGUUGAUGUUCGACUUCACGCCAGCCUAUGGGGGCGAGAGAGUUAGCAAGAGUAGUCUUACAUUACCGAUGAAAGGUGGAUUGCCAUGUCUUGUAAAGUCCAAGGUACUUGAUUAG